AUGAAGCCUCUUGUCUUUGGAAACCUUCCGUCUUCCCGGCUUUCCUUGGUGGAAGAGCCACUCCCCAACAUCGUCAAGUGUAAGGAUGAAGUCCAGGACGGAGAAUUGGAGGAGAUUGAGCUGGGAGCCACAUACAGCAUUCGGUACGAUGAAUGGGCACUCUGGCAUUAUUUCAUUCAGCCCGAUCAUGAGAGACAGCAAUCCUUCCGCGUUACUAUUGAUGUCAUUGACGCUUCGGUGUAA